ACUCCCUUGAAACAUCCACAGUUAAGAACGUCAUUUAUGUGGUUAAUUCUUUCCUUUAAUAUUUCGUUUUGGGGCUUCCGUGCGUUGCUCUAUGCUGGUACGGAUGUGUCUUUUUUCUCGCAAUUUGUGACCAAAGCCUUUGCAUAAUAAUAUCCUCCGUAUUACGUACCAACUAAUGUGGCAUUAAAAAUCGUCGUUAUGAAUACUAAAGCUCGUUGACCACUUCUUCUAGAGGCAUAUAAGAAAUCUGUGAAGUGAUGCACGUAUACUUAAAGAAUGGAAAUCAAAGGCGCUGGUUGACAGAUGUACAUUUAAAGGAUGGCUUCUGCCCAUGUAUUGGGGAACAGAAUAAUACUCUUUCAUACCCUGAAGUGGCUCGCAUGGAACCUGCAAUAUGGUGUAAAGUUCUGGUAUUAGAGUCAGUAUCUAUUGACUGUGAUCAAAGGAUAGUUAGUUGGUCCACUGAAAGCAAUGAGGAAGAUGAAAGAAAUGGUCAAAACCAAUACUGCAUCAAUGAAGAGUGCUCAGGUUAUGAUGCUGAAGAUGAGCUGUUUGAUUUGGCAAGGAGUGUCAUCAACAAAUCAACCCAAGAAACAAGGGAGUCUGAAAAUGAUUCGCUGAGUAUCCUUAGGAUGCUUCACUGCUUUGUUUUGCCGAAAGUAACGUUGUACAAAACUGAUGUGGAAAAAGUUGAAUUGGCUAAGGUUAUGCAGAUACAUUAUAUUGAAGCCCUGGAUGCCAAAAUUAAGCAACACUGCAUGAAUCUUGAUGUAAUCCAAGAAGAGUUGGAUGUACAACGAGAAAACUUUCUCCCAAGUCUUGAGGACAUGAUCAAAGAUAAACUGUGUUCCCGAAUGUUUGUUGAUUUACUGCUGGAGGAUAUACAACACGAGGAAAAGAAAACUAGAAAACAGAUGGACAUUGCCCAAAAUGAAGUUGAGAUUGCCAAGCAACGGUUAGAAGUUAACCAUAGCACAGAUUCCAGAGGGCAACUUUAUCAAGCAAGAGAAAGCAGGAAUUUUCUACAUAAUAAACUCGAACUACUUGUGACUUCCAGAGAAGUGUUAGUGAAUGUUAAAGAUGAGAUAUCUGAUGAACAGGAAGUGCAAGGAUGUCGUAUUAUAGAUGACUAUAUGGAAAAAAGGGAGGCUGUACAGCAAAUGAAAGAGGAUCGAAGCAAAUAUGUUCAGCAGAAGAAUUGUGCAUUAAGUGUGCGUGAAAUGUUAGAUGAAAUUCUGCACGACCUGAACACACARGGGUUUGCUGAAGCUAAUGAUACUGAUUUACAAGGAGCAAGAGCAACUGAUGUUCUUCAAAAUUCAUGGUAUCAUCCAGAGUGGCAGAAGCUGAGYGAGAGAGUUGCAACAAUCGUCUACAACCCUGACCACCCAGUAGGGGCUUCAUUUGAGAGUUUCUGUUCCGAAAUAAGCAGGAUGUGUGAAGAACUCAUUGGUUUGGGUAAACUGAGUGAUGAUUCUUGUCUGAUGGACUAUGAUAUCAACCAUUUUAGUUUAGAUGUAACAGAGGAUCAACUCGGAGGGAGCAACAGUAGAUGCAGUUUGAAUGAUUUUAUGGUGGAGUCUUAUCGACAUAGACUUGGUGAAAUCAAAAAAAUUAUCUUUGCCCACUUAAAAAAAAUUACAGAGCUCCUUGCUGAACAAUUCAACAGCCGAGAUAUGAUGUUUCAAAAUAAAGUGAGACUUGCAUACGAGCAUUGCUUCUAUGAAAAAGAGCAUCAAUACAUUGAGUGUGUUUAUGAACUCGCACAUCACGAGCAUGUUGCAAAUCUAGAAACUGACAUUAAAAGAUUGAAGAAACUCCCAAUCAAGCUCUUAGACUUGCAAAUGAAAGAUGAAUGGUGGCAUGAGAUUUUCGAGCAAAGAGCCAAAAUCGAGGAACUAUCUUCACAAGUUGUCAGGCUUGAAAAUGGCACUUCUGAAUCUGAAACGUCGGAUGAAAGUUACGAAGGGGAAGAUGACCUAGAUGGCCUCAAUGUUGAUUUACCAUUUGGAAUAACCUCAUUCAAUGUCAAUAACCGCAAAGAACAACUGUCAGAUUGCAUCAGUGUCAGAAGCUUUUUCAUCAACACUGUCAGAGAACGUUCAAAAACAUUUAAUGUUGAUUUCUCUAGUGAUGAGUCAGAUGAUGACAAAGAAGAUGGACCCGUUAACUCCAAACCACGUCCUAUGUCUUGUGGUAAUUAUUUAAGUACCAGCGCUCCUCAGAAUUCGAAAGUGUCACUCAGUGAUCUGAUAGAUAAGUGGGACUCUAAAGAAAAACCAACAAGAGAUUCUAUCAAGCAAAGGCAAUCAAAAAGUCAGAAUCAAAUAAACUGUUCUGAAAAGAGCCAAAGCCCCACUCUAGAACUCCAGAAAGAUGACACAUUUGAGUACCACUUUGGCCCUGCAUUGCAGAACAUGAAGGAUGUAUUUAAGGCCACAAGCCCAGUUUCAAAACUCAAGUGUCUAACUGCAUCUCUGAGAAAAAUUGCUGACAAGGUAUCUGAGUUGCGUUCACGUGAGGGUAAAGAUAGCUUUUCCACAGCUGUGACUGCUGAGGAUCUCUUGCCACUUUUGGUUCUUAURAUGCUUCAAUUAGAGCCUUAUGAGGUUGCAACAUUGUGGCCACAGUUAGCUAUGCUAGAGGACCUAAUGGCACCUUUUCUUAAUUCUGGAUGCCAUGGUUGGGCCUUGGUGGAGUUCCAGAUAGCUCAGCGAAUCCUCGCAGACCUAUGUUCUAAAUUUUAGUGCAUCACUCUUGUUUGGGAUC